AAAUCCAACUCAUUCAAGUUGCACAUUCGGGCAUUAAAGGCGAAUUGGGCCAAUAUAGGCUACGUCAGAAAGUCACCCGGCAACGAAGACAAAGCAACAAGAGCACGGCUGAUUACGUGCAUGGCUCAGUGGCUCAAACAGCAAUGUUAUUGUCGAAAGAUUUUUGCGUCAGAUGGCACC